CCGGACGGACAGUUUUUUUAAAUCACUAUUACUCGGCGCUAUACAACCAACAUCUACUGCUGUGGCCAAACACAAAGCCGCUCCCAUACGCUGGUGUAUGUGUGUGUGACUGUGCCGGGGAGGAGGCUGGGUGUUUGAUGUAGCCUUACAUAUAAAGUUAUGCAUUAUGUUGCUGGAUCAGCGGUGGCCCAGUUUGGAGCAGUUUGAUGCGGCUUUGUGCUGUGUCUCCGGAUGUUGGUGAUUCUCCCUCUGCAGCUUGGGAGUUGAGGGAAGGAGCAGCUGAAGAUUUUUUUUUCCCUUUUCCCUUCUCUCUCUCUCUCUCUAUCUGUCUGAGCGGCCAUGUUAACGAGGAAACCGUGUGCUGUCGCUGUCUGUCCAGCCGGUAGGGCCGACGACAGCUCGGUGCUGCAGCCGGAUUACAGGACGGGAACCGACUGCUCGGAUACCCGGAAAGGCGGAGGAGGAUCCCGGGUGGGCGAUCCGCCAUCGCCCGUAGGAUUACCGCCACUCAAGAGCCACACGAUUGGAGGUAGUAAACACAUAAUGAAUGACCACCUGCACAUUGGAAGCCAUGGCCAGAUCCAAGUUCAACAACUUUUUGAAGACAGUAGCAACAAAAGGACUAUAUUGACCACCCAACCAAAUGGACUUACUGCAGUUGGUAAAAUGUCACUACCGGUGGUUCAAGACAAGCAGCAGGAGGGUUCACACAGGCGGCAGGGAAGUUCUGCUUCAGUAAAGUCCACAGAUGGUACUUCAAAAAUGAAAUCCAUUGUCAUGACACCAGAGCAAGCCAUGAAGCAGUAUAUGCACAAACUAUCAGCGUACGAACACCACGAGAUAUUCAACUAUCCCGAAAUCUACUUUGUUGGUCCAAAUGCAAAGAAACGGCAAGGUGUGGUUGGUGGCUCAAAUAAUGGUGGCUAUGACGAUGACCAGGGCUCUUAUAUCCAUGUACCUCAUGAUCACAUAAUCUAUAGAUAUGAAGUUUUGAAAGUAAUCGGAAAAGGGAGCUUUGGUCAGGUUGUGAAAGCGUACGAUCACAAACAGCACCAGCAUAUCGCACUGAAGAUGGUGAGGAACGAGAAACGGUUCCAUCGGCAGGCUGCUGAAGAGAUUCGGAUUCUCGAGCACCUGAAGAAGCAAGACAAAGACCAGACUAUGAAUGUCAUCCACAUGCUGGAAAACUUCACAUUCCGCAACCACAUUUGCAUGACGUUCGAACUACUCAGCAUGAAUCUUUAUGAACUGAUUAAAAAGAAUAAAUUUCAAGGCUUCAGUCUGCCAUUGGUUCGCAAAUUUGCGCACUCUAUUUUGCUGUGCUUGGAUGCUUUACACAAGAAUAGAAUUAUCCAUUGUGACCUUAAACCUGAGAAUAUUCUGCUGAAACAGCAGGGGCGAAGUGGGAUUAAAGUCAUAGAUUUUGGUUCUAGCUGUUAUGAACACCAACGUGUGUACACUUACAUACAGUCAAGGUUUUACCGUGCACCUGAAGUGAUCCUUGGAGCUCGCUAUGGGAUGCCUAUAGACAUGUGGAGUUUGGGUUGCAUUCUGGCCGAACUAUUGACGGGUUACCCACUGUUGCCCGGAGAAGAUGAAGGGGACCAGCUUGCUUGCAUGAUGGAGUUGCUGGGUACUGCACCUCAAAAGUUUUUAGAUCAGUCAAAACGAGCCAAAAAUUUUGUGAGCUCAAAAGGCUACCCCCGUUAUUGCACUGUAACUUCCUUACCAGAUGGGUCAGUAGUCCUUAAUGGAGGACGGUCACGAAGAGGAAAGCUUCGUGGCCCUCCAGGGAGCAAGGAUUGGGUCACAGCCUUGAAAGGAUGUGAUGACCCUCUCUUUCUGGACUUUCUGAAGCAGUGCUUGGAAUGGGAUCCCACGUUGCGUAUGACACCCAGCCAGGCACUGCGACACCCUUGGCUCCGGAGACGGUUACCAAAGCCUCCAGCUGGUGAGAAAGCUUCAGCAAAGAGAACAACAGAAAGCAGUGGUGCUAUUACAUCGAUUUCUAAGUUGCCUCCAACUUCUGGCUCAACGUCAAAGCUAAGAACUAAUUUGGCACAAAUAACUGAUGCCAAUGGAAAUAUUCAACAACGAACAGUUUUGCCCAAGUUAGUUAGCUGAGUUUGAAUAAGUUCAUACCGGAGGUUCAGGGAAAAUCCUUCAUUGAAUCUCUGAGCCUUAUUCAGUUGAACUUUUAUAUAUUUUUUAGAACUUUGUAAUUUAAUGUUUCAAUUUUAAGCACCAUUUGUUAAGAACUAAGAAAAUAAUUAUUCUGAUUGCUGGGGACCAUGCAUUAUUGGAAGCUGGUUUUUCAAGUGAGGCUAAAUAUCUUUUCAUUCUGGCAGUUGAAUAUUUAGGUCAGAUCAAAGUUGACUGAAGAUUUCACCAUUCAUUUAAUAUGGCAAAUUAAAGAUGGAUUAAUUAAUCAAUAUUGGUUAGGAAUUUUACCUGUGUUGGUGACUCUUGCUCAUCAGUGAUGAAGUGCAUUCAUUUGUUUUCCUUAAAGCUACUCUUUUAGAAAAUCUAUUAUGCUGAGAUACUUCCUAGGAUGAAUUGGGACACAUCAUCAGUGACGUAAUCUGGCGUCAUCUUCGGUUUUGGGUCUUUCAACAUCAGACACUCUUGCCAGGCAAUG